AUAAAUAUAGUUAUCGAUGCAUUUCACAUUGACAGUUUGUAUGAAUGCACAGUCACAGGUAGUCGUUGAUGUAAAACGGAGGAAUUUUUAAAACCACUGUACUAUAUUUAGAAUUUAUCCACGGAUACAUGUAAAAUAUAGUUAUUGACACACUUAUAUAGAUAAUACAUACUAAAUGCACUAAAAGAAAGAAUACUGUGGCUAAAAUGAUUUACACUACAUUGCUGUUUGUUUUAAUUGACAACGUGUUUUCGUCCUGUGUUUUGAUGGGAAAUACAACACUUAAAACGUCUGAGAUUUUCAUAAAAGACCGAAUUGCUGAUUUUGAUUAUGCAAGAGUUGGAAAAUAUAAAAAGGUCUAUUGCUGCGCUCAAAAUUAUGAUAGAAUAAUUUGGGAAUUCAAGAAAAAGGAUGGAUUGCAGUGGCAACUAUUCCCUUGGUUUCAUGUCAACAGAAUGUCGGAUAAUCAGCCUUCACUUCGAGAUAAAAACCAGACCCUUCGGAUAACAGACAUUGGUUGGAGUAACGAAGGGAUUUACAGGUGUAUAGCACUUUCCAGUGAGAAUAAAGUUAUUGCAAAUCACACUACCAAAAUAGAAGUAUACUCUUGUGUAGACAGAGUAAAACCAGAAGCGUAUGGACCUAAGACUCAGUAUGGACGUCUCGGCGGAACAGUUAGUUUUACUUGUACCGGUGAUUUUGGGUGCACUUCUGAUGCUGCGAAAGAUGUAUCUUGGUAUGAUGAAAAUUAUGACACGUUAGAUGAUGAUACAUUAUUUCCUAGAUAUAAUGUAACAAAUGUAGACAGGUCAAAGCAUACCAUUGAAGUAUCUACUUUUGUGAUAAAAACUAUUGAACAGACAGAUUUCAAACAGAAUUUUACCUGUUAUGUAUCUUCGGCGUAUGGAGAUAAAACGUUUACUGUCCAACUCAAAGAAGCAAGUGUGGAAAUAACGAAAAUGACUUUGAUAACAGCGGAAGAAAUAAAGGGAAUAGUUGCGCCAUGUGUUGUUAUAUUGACACUGGUAUUUGUUUUCACUGCGGUGUUUUACUUCAGAAUAAAGCUGUUUAUCCUUUCACGGAUACCUUACUGGCAUUUAAUGGACCAAGGUGCAAAUAGUUACCAUGUCUUUAUACUUCAUGAAGACGAGGAUUUACAACUUGCUGAAGGAAUUCAAAAAAAGUUACAAUCAGACGGUUAUAAUGUCAAAAUAUCUGGAAGCAUCACUGGUGGAACUGUUAUAUGGCAGAAGGUACAAGAAUUUGCACAAGAUAGUAAGAGUUUGGUAAUUAUUUAUCCUUCGGAAUAUUCAAUAAUUAAUCCGAAUAAUACUUUCGAAAGUUUGGUGGCAUGUAGACAGUACUUCAGUCCAAAUCUUGUUACAGUUGUAGAAAAAGCUUCGAAAAGAGGAGGCCCACUUGAAUUUAUAGAAACUGACAGAACAUUUGUAAGAAUCAAAUACCCACCCAAACACAAUUGUAGUACAUAUCGACAGGAAAAUUUCUUCUGUAAACUUAAACUUCGGAUGCCUAGAAAGACCGAGAAUAAUGUUUGGUGUUGUUCAACAAAACCGGGACAAAUACAACAAGGGGCUGAAGAUACAGAACCACUGAACACACCUAUAGUACGUAACAUUCAACAGGAUGAUGAACAGGCUGAUCGUAGGAACCAACCUGUAUAGUUUCUAGGAAAUUGAUUUGCAAAACAACUAAGUUACAAUCCUCAAAUAUAUAAAUCUUCUACGAGAAUCAUUUAUAUAUAGUAGGCGUUUUCCUGGUUUUUAUCAGAAAAUGCUCUGUUUGCAAGGACAAAAUUAGAAAAAAUGCCUUGUCAUCUUGCUUGCAUAUAUAUACGUCCAUAUGAAGCUACCUAAACAAAGUCAUAAUGAUACUGUUGAAAUAACCAUGCCUCCACAUCAACAUGUUCGUGGUCAUCUGACAUUUAUUUGAUAAACAUACCGGCAUUUGAAUAGGUUGAUGUGCCAUUAGAUUGAGAUUGAGGUCACUUGACCCGUAUUUCAAUUUCAGUAACUGUGAUACUGAAAGAACACUUGUUUUCAGGGUUGU